AUGACGGCAGCUGGAUAUGCUCUUUUUCAAGUAUUAGAUGAAGGAAAAUUAAAUACUCCUGAAAAUAUAUGGUCAGAAUUUAAUACACCAGAGAAGGCCAAAGCAGCUGUCAAAUUGAAAGCCUUCAAAAAAUUCGAAAAUAUGAACUUUGCUGUUGAUUCUGUUAUGGAUCUAACGGAAGGAAAAUUAUCAGAAGAUUUAACUAAUUUUUUGAAGGGAAUAGUUAAGAAAACGAGUGAAAAACUGGUUGUGGCUGACCAAAAGCUGGGUGUCGCAAUUAGUAAAAAGCUCGGAAUACAAGUUAUUUCUGACAAAUCGGUUCUCGAUCUAUAUCGAGGGAUUCGUCAACAAAUCGAUGUAUUGAUUACCGGAAAUGUUUCAGAUGAUAUUUCUUCAAUGGCAUUAGGUCUUUCUCAUUCUAUAUCUCGUCAUAAACUUAAAUUUUCUCCGGAUAAAGUAGAUACCAUGAUUAUUCAAGCUAUUGGAUUAUUGGAUGAUCUGGAUAAAGAACUAAAUACAUACGCUAUGAGAGUUAAAGAAUGGUAUGGUUGGCAUUUCCCUGAAAUGUCUAAAAUAGUGGUUGAUAAUCUUGCUUAUGCUAAAGUAGUAAAACAAAUGGAUUUAGAAAAAGAAGUGAAAGAAGCUUCAGAAUUAUCCAUGGGCACUGAAAUUUCCGAUGAAGAUAUUAAUAAUAUUAUUAUGGGAUGUGAUCAAGUAAUUAAUUUGACUUCUUAUCGUACUGAACUCUAUGAGUAUCUAAAAAAUCGUAUGAUGGCCAUUGCUCCAAAUCUUACGACACUUGUUGGUGAAUUGGUUGGAGCUAGAUUAAUUUCACAUGCUGGAAGUUUAAUAAACCUUGCAAAACAUCCAGCAAGUACCGUUCAGAUUUUGGGUGCUGAAAAAGCUCUCUUCAGAGCUUUAAAAACAAAAAGUCCUACUCCGAAGUAUGGCUUGAUUUAUCAUGCAAGUUUAGUUGGACAGGCUUCACCCAAAAACAAAGGAAAGAUAGCGAGAUUGCUUGCAACAAAAUCUUCUCUUACAUCUCGAUUUGAUGCAUUAGCUGAAGAAAAAGAUGUUACGGCUGAGUUGGGUCAUAAAAACCGUAAAAUCUUAGAGUCUAGGGUACGAACUCUAGAACGUACUGGUCCAGGUGCAGGCACAGAUAAGAAAAAGGCUCGCAAACAAGCAAAAGUUGACAUUAAAACGGCACCAUCAUAUAAUACAGCUGCUGAUGCUGUUAUAGCUGAAAAACCAGAAACAACAGAGAGUAAACAGUCAUCAAAAAAACGUAAAGCUGAAGUAUUAGAAGAAUCAGAAGAACUUAAAAUUAAAGAUGAAUCAUCAAAGAAACGUAAAGUUGAACUGGAAGAAGAAGAACCAAAGCCAAAAGAAAAGAAAACGAGCAAAAAGAAAAAGGCCUCUGAGUGA